AAAAAAACAGUGUAAACAUAACCUCAAAGCAAAUUCAGAAAGAUAACAAAAGCAAAAUAAUAUUAUUCGGCUGAGUACGAGGUUAACUUUUUAUGUAUUUUUAAUAGAAUUAGAAAAAUGAAAUAUAUUACCAAAUUAUUAGACAGUAUCAACCGCUGUUUCAUACCAAAAUUAUCGAAAAAUUAUGAUGAGAUCGAGGUAAAAAAUCACGUAGAAUUCGAUCUUCGUAAUAAUAAUUUAGAUCACAAUUUUGAACUCCUUGUGCAAUGCCUCGGAGAUCUAAUGCUUUCAGAAAACAAAGAAGCUUCAACCGUAAUUUCAUCAUUGUAUAUCUUAUACAAAGAGCUGCAGUGCGAAUGUCCGUGGAACAAUGAAAAGACUAAAGACUAUGCAAAAAAACUAAACAUUUAUUUCGAGGUGCUGGGUGAAUUACCCUUAGAAGUUGUGCUGCUUCAAAAGAGUAACUUUGAUGUGCAAGAAAUAUUUGAUAAAUGCUUAGAGGCAUUACACAGUAAGUUAACAUCUGAAGAUUUUAAGAAAUAUCCAAGCCUAAUUGAAGUUUUCUGCUUGAUAUUAGCAGAUUUGAUGAAAUAUAGUGUCAAAGUGAAACCGCAAAGGGUAUUUCCAGUGUCGCUGCUACUGAUUGAUGAUUACAUAGAGACAAAUAAAAGAAAGGGAUUGUCAUGCUGCUUAGCAGCUUUGCAAUGUAUGAAACUGGAGGAUUUUGACGGUGGAAAUUACUAUGAAGUAGUUUAUAGAAGCCUGAAAAGGACAUUCUUAGAAAAAGAUAUCAAGAUCACUGCAUUAACUCACGCAUGUCUUAUAGAGUUGUGUAGAAUAUUUCCUGCUGAUAUUAAGCAUGAUAAAAUGGAUGAUAUGUAUUCUGGAAUCCUAGAUCAGAUAAUUACUGAAUCAAACAUAUACAGGAAGGCUGAAUGCUUGAAGUUCACACAGUUUAUUGUACAGACACACAAAAUAAAUUGUGUUAGUAGAAACAGUUUCAAAAUGAUUAUAUGUGACUGUUUGGAUCUUUGCACAAAUGAAAUGGUGGCUAAUGUUUUAUUAGUGAAUACUUUAGAGUGUCUCGACGAAUGGAUCAUACAUUGCUGGUGUAUAUGGAAACUCUCGUCCGAUUACAAAAUCAUUUCAACCCUUCUAAAAAUCUUAUACACAUGCCAGAGAGUAUAUAUUGCUUCAAGAGUUCAAAGGCUUAUUAUAAUCCUAAUUUGUCUGUGUAAAGAUAGUGAACAGAAACAGCUUAUUGCCAAUUUAGAGAAAGCCAAUACCAUUGAUAAUGAUGUUUUUAAGAAACGGGUGGAAGAAAUAAGACAAGAAUUUAUAUCUUAAAAUCUAUAUUCAGUAAAAUAACUCACAAAUAGGUAUAUUUAUCUGUACAUAAUAUAUUUCAUUUCUUAAUCACAGUUCUAAAUAAAAUGUUUCAAGAUCACA